CGUACUCUUUAUCAAGGCGCUUCAGGAGAAGGCGGUUUGCCUAUGAAUUCGAAGAAAUUUAAGAAUUUUCUUUCACGAAAGUUUGAACCUGAUAAAAUCAAACCUUGUUCACUCAAUUGCAUUGCAACCCUUCGGAUUUAAUAUUUACUUUGGUUAUUACUUCUCAGUAUCAUUGAAUAUAUAAUUUCUUCUGCGUUUCGUAUAGGUUGAAUAUUUAACACCGAUUUAGGGCUUUCAACAGAGCUGCAGCUCGUGGUUCUGCUCCCCUUUCGCAGUUACGGUUUCAUCACGAUAGUUGAAGAAAAGGAAUUUUAGCCGGUUUUGUUUGAGAGAGGAACCACUGUUUACAGAAAUGAAAGAGGAAGAGGUGAACCGAUGUCAGAUCCAGGAAUGGUACCCAAAGUUCAAAUCUGUAUCCAUCAGGACCAUAAUUCAUCAACUUCCUGAAUCUUUCAUUCAGUACCUUCUUGAUGACUCCGGCCCCUUCCUAUUACCUGUUUCUGUCUUAAAUGAAGAUGCAUUGCCCAAUAGAAUUCAUAAUCCUGAUGAGGAAGAAGAUUUUCAGGUGUCAGAGGGAUCCAGCGACGAAGCAGAAGAACCUUCUCCUCCGCCUUCUUUUCCAGAACUCGAAUUGAAAAUUAAGGAAUCCAUUGAGUCCCUAGGGGGUACAGUCUUCCCCAAGUUGAAUUGGAGUGCCCCAAAAGAUUCAGCUUGGAUAAGCACUGCCGGUACCCUCCAGUGCACUACUUUUAGUGAGAUCGCGCUCUUGUUCCGAGCAUCUGACUCAUUGGUCCACGACUUGUGCCAUGCUUAUGAUUCCUGCCAUGACAAAUCUUCUUCCAGACCCCACAAUUUCUUUCUUGCCCUCCGGAAAUGGUAUCCAUCCCUUCAGCCAGACAUGGAAUUCCGGUGUUUUGUACGAGAUCAGAAACUAGUUGGAAUCUCUCAGCGGGAGGUUACCACCUUUUAUCCUGCUCUGCUUGAAAAGAAGAAUGGUCUCCUAUUGCCCCUGAUACAGGGAUUUUUCAACAAUUAUGUGAGAGCUAGAUUUGAGUCAGAGAACUACACAUUUGAUGUUUACAUUACAAAGGAUGAGAAAGUUAAGGUUGUGGAUUUCAACCCUUGGGGUGCCUUUACAUUGCCGUUGUUGUUUACAUGGGAUGAAUUAGAGUAUAUCUAUAGUCAAGGAGAUGAUUUUGAGUUUAGAAUUGUGGAAGAUCGUUGUGCUGUUAGGCCAGGCCUUAAAACAGCUGUUCCAUAUGAUUACUUGGAUACCAGCCCUGGAAGUGGUUGGGAUCAGUUUCUAAGGAAUGCAGAUGAAGAGUUGCAAAGACAAACCAGGUCUACAGAAGCUGGUGCAUGACGAUUGGAUGUUGUUUCUCAUUUGAGUAGUUUUCAUUUUCUUUCUUUUUUUUAAUUUUAUUUUGAGUUUUUUGACAAAGAAGGUGAACUUAUGUUUGAAAAAGGUAACCCUAUUGAGGGUGUAUUUUUUUUUUUAAAUUUAAGUUUUAUGUAAAAUGUUAAAUUGAAUAAAAGAAAUUUCAAAAAAGUAAU